AUGACUUUCGCUGAGAGGAAUGUUUUCUUAUCGAGGAUGUGGAAAGAGCUUUCUGAAGAGGAACGAAAUGAAUUUAACAGAAGAGCCCUCUCUGAAGAUGUAAUAACAAAAAAGGAACAGAUAAAAAGAACUUUAAAAAAAGUGAAACGGGAGGUAAAACUUUGAAGAAUUGAAUAAAUAAUUAUAGAAUUGAACUUCUCCAACUUAAUGAUAAGUAACUUAAUUGAACUUAUAGAAUUGUAAUUUGUUAUUGUCAUUAGUAGCAGUAGUAGGAGGACCAGUAUAUUGUAGAAUUUUCAUGCUUAAAAGGUUUAUAAAUCGUUGCACUAGCAUAUAUACCUAGGUAAAUUCAAUUAUCACUUUUUACUGACUUACACUCCGUCCUUUCUCUCCGCACAUCCUAUGUAAACAGACUUGAUUCUGAGGUUUUGUCAAUUGAUAUGAAACUUGACAUACUUAGUUGUUAAACCUUGUUCUUAUUAGAAAUUCUUAUUAUUAUUAUUAUUCUUCUUAUUAUUAUCAUCAUCCACGUUAAACACAGCUUUUGGAUAGGUUGAUAGAUGAUUAUUAAUAUUAUUAUAAAUAAUAAUACUAAUAAUACUAAUAAUAAAAUGUUUCAACAGGAUGACCAUUUCAGUUAUAAAAACUGCUAUCAAUAUGGGCCCUGUAUAAAAAUAAAUGAAUAAAUAGAUAAAAACUUAAUUAUAUAUGAAACUGGAAUACAUUACAUAAUUAUAAUCAGUAAAAAAAGGCAGCCUCGGUAUGAACAAGAGUGCAUACAAUCAUUAAAAAAGGGUAGCCCCCUUAUAAAAAAAGACCCUAUUAUUAUCAAUUAAUUAACUAAGUAAUAUUUUGUUAUCAUCGCGGCUAAUCUCUAGAAAUGUUCUUACAUUUCGAUAUCUCUCUUUUGUUUGUCAGUGUGACAAUCUCAAGGUUUUAGGGGUAAAGUGCCUUUUUAUGUGCGACAUGGGAAAAGGCGACGUAGAUGUUUUUGGUCACCCGAGAGCGAUUCAGUUCGUGGAGAGCAACCGGCUUGCCCCCAAGUUCUACUCGUUUGUAAAUGGAGACGGUAAGUUUCAGAUAUGA